GUCAGUGUCAUCAAUAGGAAUGGUUUGUUUGGUCUGCAGGAAACUUUGGAUCAUUUUAUUUUAUUGUUUAUAACUCCAAAGCCGAAAACUUCAUGCAAAAGACCCUUGACUGUACCAACACUCGAUUGCACCAGAACGACUUAAGGCAGCACACACGCUAGCUAGAUAGACGGGACAGCGGACAGUUAAUCUACUAUAGACAGCAGGGUCCUCGAGACGACCACGGACACAGAGAUGAUGUCUGAUCCAGAUUUAUACAUCACAGAUUCUUGUGAACCAAUCCUAUGGAAUUGCACGGCACGCACUACCCUGAUCGACCCGUGCUCCUGUUACAGAUACUACGAGUGUCGUGGCCACGGGAACGGGAUCGUUGAGCGCACCUGUCCCUCAGGGACCGCUUAUGACCAUGAGACAAAAACAUGUCCGAAUAGAGCAUCGGUGGUGCCGUCACAAUGCCUCCCCUCCCGGCCCUGGGAACGGUGUAAUCUUAAUGUUGAACAAAGUCAGGCCCUCCUACACCGGUGCGAAAACAAGUCAUUGUCCACCACAACCACCACCCUUAAUCCCGUCACUCAGUCCGGGGAACAGGAAGUGAAUGGUAACGAGGCUGGAUUUAUAAUUGGAGCGGUGUUCGGCGGACUUUUUAUCAUAGUUGUAGCCAUUGGAAUAACUUUUCUAUUUCGUCGUUAUCUACAGAAAAACAAAACAAAAUUGACAAAAAAGCGAUCCGUGCAGAACCCGGAGUACAAUUUUCAGCCAGAGCCAGAAAUAGACGUGGAGGAGACAUACCACGAAAUAGAUGACAAUAUGAAUGAUCCAACAUACUGCAGUGAUUCAGGAAAUUCUAAACCUCCAUCUUUACCUAUACGUGGUAACGAUACAAUGGGCGGAUCAAAACAGGACAUGGGUGUGAAUAAUAAAACUUCUUUGCAUAAUAGUGACACAGUGACUUCAAAUGGACGGAGUGUUCAAAACGGUACACUAAACAUAUACGACAAUGAUAAUGGCAGUACGGAGUACACAGAACACCAGCAAGAAUCGAACUAUAUUGCAAUAUUCCCACAAAACACUAAAAGUGAAAGUACACGAGAGGGAGAAAUACACACAGUAACGAGCUUAUAAACGGUUGCGAGAGAUCACGUGAUACUUCCUCUCCAGACAUGAUACUGCCUUGAUUGGAAUAUAAAUUCCAUUUUGUAUUCGCUUGAAAAUCAUACUUGAUAUUUUUUUUCAUUGUAUUGUUGGUGCAUAUAUGAGAGCUAGUGAUCGAGAGAUAAGGUGAGAAUGGAUUGUUUUAAUGCAAAUUACUGAUACGUUUAUUGUUUAAUUAUUAAACAAAUUAAAACCUU